UCUUAAUUAGCUCAAAUUCAGUCGGCAGGCGACAAUUGACCGACAUACUCCAGCUCAUCUUACUAGUGUUACGUGUGCCAAAUUGCAUCUGUGCAAUGAAAACUGGACUCAAUAUUGUUGGAUAUUACAAGCAGUUGCUUUGCUGGUUUCUUUUUCUUCAAGUCUGUUGUUGCGAUGAGGUAUGCGACCGUCGGCCGUUGGGAACCAAAACGGAACCCUUGCCACCGGAUAAUCGAUUCCAGGUCGAUAUCCUCGAGAUAUAUGAUACUAAGUACAUUCCGAACAAAAACUAUACCGUUCGCUUGUUUGCAACGGAUGGAGUAUCCACCUUCAUUGCCUUCACCAUAUCUGCCCGCGGGGAUACGAAGCCAAAUGAAAGGAACCGCCGGAAGCCAAUUCUCCUGAGCCCUGGUCAAAUCCGACCCUACCCCGACUCGGAUGCCGUUUGGAGUCCCAAUUGUAACAACACUGUUAUCCAAAGAGAUGUGACGGCGAAAACUUCUGUGCAGGUGGAAUGGAUAGCGCCACCGAAGGAUAACAAAUGCGUGACAAUUUACGCGGUGUUGGCCGUUAUGCCGGACGUAUGGUACAGCUUCGUGGAGCCAUUGUCGAAGACAGUUUGCGAGGAUCGCCGGAACAUGGAGGACAUGCAACCGAUGGAAAAUGCUAACUGUGAAGCAUGCGAAGACGCUCAAUACUUACUCACUUUCGAAGGCAUCUGGUCCUCUCACACGCAUCCGCAGAUGUUCCCCAAUUACGAGCUCGCAGUUUCGCCACACUUCAGCGAUGUCGUGGGGGCGUCCCACAACCAAAACUAUAACGUUUUCAACCUCAAUGCCGAAGCCAGCGCGGCGCUCAAAAUGUUAGCAGAACAAGGAAACACCACUAAAUUGGAAAUGGAUAUGAUAAAUCAGGUUGGCGUAUCAGUUCGUACGGUUAUAAAAGCAUCGAGACAACCAAAACCAAAUAUGGUGACGCGAUCCAUAUUCCGUGUGAGCAGGGAACAUCACCUAGUGUCCCUCGUGACUGCUAUCAUUCCCUCCCCUGACUGGUUUCUCGGCGUGUCCAAUAUGGAGCUAUGUGACUUCACUACCAAUAAAUGGACACCGAGUUAUACGUUGAAUAUUUACCCACUUGAUGCUGGCACGGAUAGUGGCAUAAAAUUUGAUUCUCCCAAUGAAGAUACAAUGCCACCGAAGCCUAUAGCAGAAGCGGUGAUCAACAAAUCGGCGCCAAAGGGGGAGAAGUCAAAACCGUUCGCGAAGCUACACUUCAACCUCAUGCGGACCUAUCCGACCCUGGCCUGCGAGACUUCCACACCCGGUGACGAUCGGGAGCUCACUGAGAAUGAGGAUAGAGCAGCGGUGAGUGGGCAAUCAGUACAAAGUGAAACUUCGCCGUCAACCACGCCACCACCUACUGAGGAGUAUUCCCCAGACCCGGACGCGUCCGAGGAGUGUCCGAUGACGGCGUGGGAGGAGUGGGAGCCGUGCGCGGGGGAGUGUGUCGACAACGUUUACAUCGGGUACAAGACGCGCUCGCGCUACUACGUGGUCGAUGGGGUCGCUGUUGGGAAAGAUCUAAAUGGUCCAGAUGUAGAGGUUCCAGAAGAAUGCUUUGAUAAAUACUCGGACCACGAGACGGCGCCUUGUGAAGAGGAGUGCGAAGAAGAAGAAACAGUUAUCCGUUAUAGCAAUUAGUAGCUAAGUAUAUUUAUUUAAUUUAGAUACCUAAUAAAAUCUAUUAAAAUAUUUGCUAAACUUA